GGUCACACUGUAAUUAAAUAAAACCAUCGUUUUGAACAUGAUAUUCUUAAUUUCUUUUUCCCUGUAAGAAAGGAAAUUCAUUUUCUCUCUCCACUUUCUCAAUUGUCUUCCCAGAAAUUUAGAAUUCUACAGAGGCCCUAACCCUAAAAAUAUGCUGUUUUACCAUAAAGUUGUCACCUUUGUAUCUCUAAAUUAAAACCCAUCUUUAAUUUCUCUCAUAAAGUUUCAAACUUUCUUUCGGUCCUCAAGAUCCAAACAAAAACCCUCCACCAAAAUGUCACGAAAAGCACAAGCAGGUUAUGGCACCAUCCCCACCACCAUCAGCGCAACCACAACCACCACCACAAAAUCCCCACAAUCACCAACCACCCUGACAUUCAUCUCACGCGUCAGCACUUCAACUCAAACCCUCAUAGCCACGCGCCGUCCAUGGCAAGAACUUAUAAAGUUAUCAUCUUUCAUUCGCCCUAACAAUUAUAAUGACGCCAUUUCACGCAUCAAAUUCAACGUCAAUUACUUUCGUGUGAAUUAUGCAAUGAUAUUUCUUGCAAUCUUAUUUUUAAGUCUUUUGUGGCAUCCAAUUUCUAUGAUUGUGUUUAUUGUGAUGUUUGUCGCGUGGUUGUUUCUAUAUUUCGGACGUGAUGGUCCGGUGGUGGUGUUUAAUAAAAGUCUUGAUGACAGAGUUGUUUUGUGUGUGCUUGGAUUGGUUACUAUAUUGGCGUUGGUGUUUACUCAUGUGGGUUUGAAUGUUCUGAUUGCUUUGAUUAUUGGGGUGGUGAUUGUUGGAGUUCACGCCGCGUUUAGGGGCACCGAGGAUUUGUUUCUUGAUGAGGAAAGUGCUGUUGAAGGUGGAUUGCUUUCGGUUGUUGGUAGUCAGCCUUUGCGACCCACAAUGGGUUAUACUCGGAUUUGAGUGUUGGUUUUGGUGAGUUUUGGUCUGAUUUGAAGCAUAUAUUGUAUUGGUGGACUCUUGAUCUGAAUCGAGGUUUUUUGCACAAGACGUGGAGGAUGUAACAGUGGAAUUGGGGAUCAGAGACUUGGUUUUUGUAGUUUGGGAUUUUUGAUUUGUUGUAACUUCUAUAUUGUGUGACAUUGUUGGUUGUUAAAGAUCAAAUUGGGAACGUGUUGGUUGGUUCCGUUUACAAGGAGGUGGUUUUUGUGUGUUUCUGGUAGAAUCUUUAUACUUUGGUAAUUAACUUUGUUGUAGUCAUUCAAGUGUGAUUACUAAUUUGUAUGUUCCAAUUACUGUUAAUGGCAACUUCUAUUUCCUCCUCUA